GAUACGAAUAGGUACGUAUGAAGAAAUCCAAAAUACCAUCGAGCAUCUUCUCACUCCAAUUACCAAAUACGCAGAUAUUCUCAGCACCAUGUCCCACCUAACCUACUACAACUACGAAGGCUACGGCCAAAAAGCUCAAAAGGACUUCGGCUACAGUCAAGCCGUCCGCGUAGGCGACAUAAUCGAGUGCUCCGGUCAAGGUGGCUGGGACCGCACAACCAGCCAAAUCCCCUCCGACAUCACAGCGCAAAUCGAGCAAGCGUUCGAGAACUGCGCGGAAACUCUCCGAACAGCGGGCGCGAGCUUCAAAGACGUGUUUGCGAUUAAAUCGUACCAUGUGGGCGUCUCGGACGACGUGGUGGAGAUCAUGGUUAGGUGCGUGAAGAGGUUUUGCGGGGGGCAUCAGCCGGUUUGGACGUUGGUGGGUGUGGCGAGCUUGGCGUGGGAGGAGAUGAAGGUUGAGAUUGAUGUUAGGGCUCAUGUGCCGGUUGAGGGGAAGUGAUUGAGGGGUUUGAGAGGAGGGGGAGAGGGGUGAAGGUGCUGGGUGCUUCCACCUGAU